AUUUGAAUUUUGACACAUUAAAGAUAAAAUGGCGCGCGAGAAUUGAGAAGUCAUUUUUUACGCACUAAAUUGCAAAAAAUGAAAAUAAUCGCAAGAGGAAGCAAGUGAAUUCGUUCGAAGAUAGAAAAUUGAAACGCAAUUUUGUGAACUUUUGAAAAAAUGAGUUUACGGGAAGAGGAUAAGCAAAAGAGUGGCUGCUCGAGCCGUGGCUUAGGUUUGGCGGCCGCGGCGAUAGGCGUCGGAAUUGGGGCUGCCUUGUACUACAUAUUUAGCAAAGAGGAAAGUCGGGAAACCCCGGAUUCCGAGGGCGCGACCUCCGCGCAAUGGAAUGUAGAAUCUCCUCAGCCAUUAAACGAAGACCAUAACAGUUCCAACGACCACACAACCAUAUCAGAGAACACUACAUCCGACACAAGCAUGUACGACGACUCGCUCGACCCUCCCAGCUCUGAUCACGAAGAAAUAGUUCCGUCUGAUGAUUCUUACAACCCAAUAUCAUCAUCAGAAUCUGAUUGUAGCAAUGAUCUUAACGGUAGUUGGGUGACCGACGUGUCUGACCCGGAUUGGAUGAUUGAUACUCUGCCAUCAGAAUCUGAUGCUAAUCUGAUGAUCAACGAGUCAGGUUGGACGAUUAAUAGUCGUGAUGAACCAUCAUUUGCGUCAUCAGAAUCUGAUGCUAAUUAUGAAUUUAGCUCCAAUCUGAUGAACAACGAGUUUGACACGGAUGGAGCGGUUAAUACUCGUGAUGAACCAUCAUCUCCGUCAUCAGAAUCUGAUGCUAAUAAUCAAUUUAACUCUAAUCUGGUGACCAACGAUAUUGACCGGGUCGAGCCAAUGGACACUAGUGAAGACCUACCAUCACGAUCUAAUGCAUUAAGAACGUUAUUAUUAAAUAAUGAACGGAUUGCCAACGCGCCGUAUAUGGAUAUUCGUGAUCCAGAAUCAUCAGAAUCUGAGUAUGACAAUUGGGAUGUAGCGUCAUCGAUACACGUGCCUCAUUUGGCACAUCCAACGUCUAGUCGCUUAGGAUGUAUAGUUAGAUUGCUUACACCCCGAAGACCCGCUAGGCCGCACAGGAAGAAUGAAAGGAGCUCACGCAGAUCACAGGCUUUCCGUGAACGCACGUGGAGUCUCGAGGAAUGCUCAAUCUGCUUCGAGGUGAUCCUGAAGAACCAGGAAGUGAUGUCCCUGCCCUGCACACACAACUUCCACCAGUCAUGCAUCCUGCCCUGGAUCCAGGAGCACCAGACAUGCCCCAAUUGCCGCAAGGCUGUUGAUUGACUUCCUAAAAUUAGAAAUCUCUCCGCGUUGACUCUACAGAGGUAUUCUCAAACUCGGCGGGUCCUGAGUCGAACCAGUCAGUCGAGCUUGGCUGAAAUCUGAAGAUGUACCAGUUAUUAAGAUAAAAAUUAAAAAAAAAAUCUAGUCUUAAAUU